AAAGGUGUAAAUUCGAACGUGUCUCGGAGGUCUUGGUUGGCCCCUACUCGGGCCGUGGUAGUGGGUUAAUAGUAGCCAAUAUAAAAGCACUGUCGCUUUCUGGCAGUGCUAGUUCUUUUGGUCCAAUAGAGAGUAAAAGAUAAGUACAGAAUGAAGGGUUUCAUAGUGCUCGCUUGCCUGGUGGCGUCGGUGCUGGCUGCGGAUAAGUACAACCCUAAAUACGACAACUUCGACGUGGAGACGCUGAUUACCAAUGACCGGCUGCUCAAGUCGUACAUCAACUGCUUCCUCGAGAAGGGACGCUGCACGCCCGAGGGAAGCGACUUCAGAAAGGCUCUCCCAGAAGCGAUUGAGACGACCUGCGCGAAGUGCACAGAUAAGCAGAAGACCAACAUUAGGAAGGUAAUAAAGGCAAUCCAACAGAAGCAUCCUAAACAUUGGGACGAGCUCGUGGCCAAGAAUGACCCCACUGGGGCCCACCGCGCCAACUUCGACAAAUUCAUCCAGGGAAGCUAAGCGCACUCAACUACACUCAAUAGUCCAUAGUUCUUAGACUAGUUUUUCUUUUUUAUCCCGGAGCAAAAGGCAUUGAGUAUUGGAGGAAUAAGAAAUAAUGUGACGUCAGAACCUUUAGUGACGUGAAAGGCUGGAUUGUUCGAUACAGGGCUACAUCCAUAACUUUCGUUUCUUAUUACUCCGUGCUCUAUGGUUUUUUUUCAAGGCUCCAGUCGCUACAAUUCUUUUAAGGUUCGAGCCUGUAAUCUUUACACUUUUCCUGUUAUUCUCGAGGCUUAUGAGAAUGUUCAACUGAUUUUUCAGUAGUAGAAUACAUGUGUCUACAAUCGUACCUUCUUAUGCUCUCUAUAGGAAAGAGCGGUGCUAACGAUCGCUGUUUUGUACUGUUAUUUAUUUCCGAAAACCGUAGGGUUAAACAAUUGGACGACAACUCAACUCACCAAAUUGUUAUUAUUUAUUAAAAAGAUGUCGACUGACUGAAUAAAAGUGAUUUUUUAAAGUGUAUAA